AUGGAUGAUGAAGAUGUGCAACUCAUGGAGAUGGCAGCUCGUGUGUGGAGCCGAGCCGAUGAGGGCAUAGCGAGUGUGCUGCGGCAGUAUGUGUUUGAGCAUAGGUUUGAUAUGAAGCAUGUGGUGAAGUUUUACGGUGCAUUUACUGGAGGCCGACGAUGCAAGGGGGAUGUGUAUGAGGUUUUUGAGAACUAUUUUGUGCAGGAAAGGAUGUAUGAUGAAGUGCUUGAGCUAUACAAGGGAUGGAUGGAUGCAAUGAAGAAGGAGUAUGAGUUUGAAGAGAGCAUGCGGUUUUUUAGGUGUUUUGAGAGGAUGUACGAGCAAGGAGUUUGCAUGAUGCGUGAGAAGAUGAAUGAGAAUGCGGUAGUGGUUCUGCUUGAUCUCUGUAGGCUACUGGGCAGUAAUGCGGCAGAGUAUGAGUGCUAUGUGGUGAGCAGGAGGAUAAGCGAGGUACUUCUGCAGAUGGGGAUGCCUGCGUGGGCAAUGACAGAGUAUCUUGAUGUUCUGAGCGAGAUUUUUAUUGAGUCGAAUAUGCUUUUUUCGUAUGUGAACGUGGUUGGCAUGCUUGUAUCGCUGGAUGCGAAUGCAAUGAGCAAGCAGAGCAGUCUUGAUGACUUCCGAUUGAUAUGUAGGUAUGCGGGGAUGAAGAACGAGGGAGAAAUACACAGGAAGUGCUUCGGAAAGAUGAAGUGCAUUGAUGUGUUUGAGGUGCUUGGGAAUGUUGAGAGACGAUGUGCAGGGAUUGAGUGUGUUAAGGACACGCUGGUGAGGAGAAGGUUUAAUUUUGGGAUGUGGAGUAGAUAUGCAGAUUGUGUGUUGAAUGCAGUAUGUGCCGAUGAGAACAUAGAUCUGAUUGUGUUUAUGAAGAAGAACGAUCUUGGCUUUGAGAUAGAUGGAGGAAAGGUGAAGGCAGAUGGAUAUGAGUAUAGGAGUGUUGAGAGGAAAGUGUUUGAGAUCUGUGAAGAGUAUCGCGAGAAGGUGGAGGAUGCAAAGAUGCCCGAGGAAGAGAGGAGGAUACCGAGAAGGAUAGAGGAAGUAGGGAGUGCGUAUGGAAGGGCAGAGGCAUGUGGCCAAAAGAACGAAAUAAGGUUCCGAGACCGAUUUUCAGGGGUUUACAAGAAGAUGAGGGUGUACUUGAGAUACUAUAUGGACAAAGCAGAGGGGAUAGAUGAUGUAUGGUAUGAAGAAAGGGACAUGGCGAUGCGACGAAUGUUCGAAGAGAAUGAAAAUGAGCAACGACGAAGCAGGGAGAAGCUGAAGAAGCAUGCGGAAUGUAUAGAAAGAUUGAGUGUGAUGCUGUCGAGUAGGAUUGAGGAAGAGAAGCGAAGCGAGGAGGUACAGAAUAGAAGAAGUGAGGAAGUGAGUGCAAGUGGAAAAGUACGUGUCAGCAAUUGGAGGAGUGAGCCUGAUGAGAAGCCCAAGGCAUAUGUACCACCGAGUGUUGAUUCAUAUAGCAUGAACAAGAGGCAGGAAAGAAAAGAAGAGAAGUCUAUAAGUGAGUUGAGGCAGCCAAGAAUGCAAGGAGAGCCAGAUGUGAAGCGGAACGAGAGUCAGCUUGAAAGGGGCAGACGUGUCCGUGGAGGAGAUUGGAUGAACGAGCCUCGAAAGAGCGAGAAUACAAAUUGUAGGAACCGUACUGACUGA